GAGGGAAAAUGGUGUUAUGGGAGAUUGCACUGGCAACAGCCUAUUUCUUGGGACUCAAGCGAACAUUUAAGCUCGUUUUGAAGACUCAGCGGCGUCUUGUUUCCCCUAACCACCCUCGGAUUCGUCGAUUUCUUCACCGACGAACACGAGCCAUAUUCGACGUUACUCUGAAAGCUCACCGGACCAUUCAGCAUCGAGACAUAAAAGUUGGUAUGCAUGUUAGCAGCUGGAUUUCGCAAUGGCUUAAUCGAAUGAAACCGUCUGCUGGGAUUCAUCAACAUCCCAGUGGCACUAACACAGGCAUGAAAAUGAUAAAGCAGGUUUCCAACUCGUACAUGAAACAUCGAGCCAGCACUCGAGCAGCGAUCGGUCAGAAAGUCGAUAAAUAUCUAUCAUUUACCUCAUCAGUACACAGAUGGCCUAAGGCAUUCCCUACCAUUGCAAUGAUCACGAGGCAACGAAAGCCUGCUGGGACUAUGAAUCAACACAGACAAUUUAGCAUUUGUAGCUCUGAAGGAAUGAAAACAAAUUACAGAAGAGGACGUUUCGAGCAUGGUAUUCGAGACGAUAUUAAGCAAUGGAUGAUCAGAUAGUAUUCAUUUUCUUCUUGUUUUAAAAUGUUUGGAACAUGCUCUUGGAAGCCAUGCCUUUGCUUAUGAAUAAAUCCCAAAGGUAGUGUUUACAUUUUAGGCCGCUAGCAGAUACAUAGCAAGAUAUUA